AUGAACUCCAAAGGAAUACUACCAAUAUUUGAUGCAGCCGCGCCAUUUCACCUCUAUGCCCUCCCAGCAGAGGUCAGAUUACAGAUUCUAGAGCACACGGACCUUAUUACGCUGACGCGCGAGGUCCGCUGGGAUCCGGUGACGGGGUACGAUGAGCCGCCCUCGAGACGGGCUCGGUCCGGUCCGGGCGCCUGGCGGACUCCGAGGGCCCUAUUCCUCGCGACAGUGACGCUAAGCCUUUUAGAUAAUUACGCAGCCACAUUGUACUUCACGAAUAUGUUGACAGCAGACUCGUUCCGACAUGUACACUAUCUUGAAUUGCUCAUGUUCCCCAGCAUUCACCCGUCUAUGACGGUGGGGAUGAAGAUGGAGGCUGCGGGGAGGGUUAAGAUCACGCGAGAGAAUUAG